UUCUAUCUUUUCUAUAGAUUUUCCUUAGCUCGACAGCGUUUGAAGAAUAAACUCGAGUCUAGUUUUCGCAGGGAGGAUGCACCUUGCACAGAAUUCAUACAACAAGGUGGAGGUGUCAAAGGAAUUAUAGUAGAUGAAGAUGGAUUGGACGUUCUGUAUUUACGAAAAGUCGAAGGGGGAGAUUUUCCGAACCUUGCUUCUAAGGUUUCGUGUAAUAAUCAUAUCAAUGAAGAAGACAAGAGAAGAAAAUCUCAGUCAAUUCAAGAAACUCCAUUGCUUCAUUUACACAGCCAUGAUUUUGAGUCUGUGAAGGAGAAAUCAGUGUCUGUUGCCACUUAUGAUAGGCCAACCACAUCUGAAUCAUUGGCGAUUGCACCACCGCCACACCCUCCACCCCCACCACUCUCCGUCAUGGUUUCAGUUAACCAAAUUACCCCAGAACCUCUACCAGCUCCUUCUACUCCACCGCCGCCUCCUCCACCUCCAUCUCCACCACCGUCUUCAGUAAAAGCAAAACCUUCAUUAUCACCUAGAUCGGUUAGAUCCGAGGCCGGUUCAUUUUCACCAUUGAAGCCACCUAUUCCUCCUAGAGGGGAAUUCAAUAAAUAUAGCAAUGUGGAUUCAGAUGAAAACUCGAAAGAAUAUGGCGAAAUUCAAAUGAAACUCAAGCCACUACACUGGGAUAAGGUUGUUGCCAAUGCUGAUCAUUCAACGGUCUGGGAUGAAAUCAAUGAUGGAUCUUUCAGGUAAGUACAAUAUUUACUGUCGAUUUUCUUGGUUUGGGAAAUUUUCAAACGGACAAUUUCAACAGAAUCUUUCUCAACUUAUACUGAUUAAGAAUUCUAUUGGCAGAUUUGAUGAUGAGCUCAUGGAAAACCUCUUUGGAUACACUACAACUAGAGAGAAAUCGACAGGAGAAAAUGGCCUAUCCUCGAAUACGGGCAGUUUUAAAUCUGCUCCACCAGCACAAAUUUUCAUCCUUGAACCCCGAAAAUCCCAAAACAAGGCAAUUAUUCUUAAAUCUCUUGCAGUUUCUUGUAAAGAAAUCCUUGAGGCUCUCAUGGAGGGUCAAGGACUCAAUGCUGAUACCCUCGAAAAAUUAACCAAGAUUUCUCCAACAGAAGAUGAAAUCGCCCAAAUCCUUCAAUUCAAUGGGAACCCUGAGAAACUUGCUGAUGCAGAGUCUUUCCUCUACCAUAUAUUGAAAGCCAUUCCCUCAGCCUUUACGCGUUUGAACGCGAUGCUAUUUAGGUUGACAUAUGAUUCAGAGAUACUUCAUUACAAGAAAUCUCUGCAGACUCUCGAAUUGGGAUGCAACGAAUUAAGAACUCCCGGAAUUUUCUUUAAACUCCUCGAAGCCAUUCUUAAGGCUGGUAAUCGAAUGAAUGCCGGUACAGCCAGAGGAAAUGCUCAAGGCUUCAACCUCAGUGCCCUGCUAAAACUUUCUGAUGUCAAAAGCACCAAUGGAAAGACUACUCUCCUUCAGUUUGUAGUCGAGCAGGUGAUCAGUUCUGAGGGUAAACGUCGUUUAAACAAUCAAAACAAUAAAAAUGACAAUACCGAACAAGAUUCAGAUAGAAAGAUUUCUGAAGAAGAAAGAGAUAAAGAGUACUUAAUGCAAGGAUUACCAGUUGUGUUAGGAUUAAGUACUGAAUUAGCCAAUGUCAAGAAAUCAGCCACCAUAGAUCAUGACAGCUUCAUCAACAUAUGUUCCAUUCUUACAGCCAAAAUCGAUGACAUUAAACGGCUCAUAACACGCUGCAAGGAUCAUAAACAGGGUCAAUUCUUAGUCGAAAUGAAAGGCUUUCUAGAAGAUUGUGAAGAGGAACUAAAUGUGGUGCGAGAUGAACAAUCAAGGGUAAUGGAACUUGUGAGGAAAACAACAAUAUAUUAUGAAGCAGGGGGUUAUUCUAAAGACAAAGGCCCAAAUCCACUUCAACUAUUUGUUACAGUGAAGAGUUUCUUGGACAUGGUUGAUCAAGUUUGUGUCGAUAUAUCGAAGAAACUGCAGAAGAAAAAACAGACAAGCGCAGGAUCUUCACCGCCAUUGUCAAGGUCCCCUGUGAGAUUUCCUAGUUUACAGCCUUAUUUUAGGACAAAAAACACAGGAACAUUUUCAAGUGAUUCAGAUGAUGAUUUUUGAGAAAGAUUUAGACGGGAUUUAUAUUAAGUUACUUAAUUCUAU